UUGAGAAGUUCAUCUUGAGAUAGAGUCAUGCUUGGCACUGAGAACAUAACCCCGCUACUGUGGUGGUCUGUUAAUGACAGUUCCAGCGUGGGAGAGGGCAAACCUACAUAAACGUUAGAAAGAACCGAAGCCAAAGUUUGCGUGCAGUUCUCUAUUCUAGUUGAAGACGGGCGGCGCCGGUUUCAGAGUGUCCGAUCCCUCUCCACGCACAUCAAAGCUCUACAAGUCCAAGACAUGAAGCCUUUUACAGUUGUAGCAGCGUUAGGGGCGUGGUUCAUCCUGGUUGCUAUGACGACUGUGGAGGCUAGAGAUACCGUAAACAUACCGUGCUGGGAAAAACAGGCCUGCAGUACCUGUCCAGGCUGGCAGGAGGCGGCCAUGGCCGAAGGCAUCUGCUGUCCUUGUUGUCUUGCCCUCUGCAGCAAACUGGUGACAGAGGACUUUGCUAUCUGUGAAGUCCCAACCGAGAUGAUGAACUGUACAGUAGAAGUGGUGACGUCAUCUGGCCUGGAAACAACCGUUACCAUGGUAACUAAAAUGGCUAACACCGACAUGAGAAGCGGCGGUCAGACAAGAGGUGCACCGUUGGCUAAGGCAGCAGUGGUCGGGAUGAUGGUCCUGACAAGGGUCAUGAUCUGUGAUAUCCUGUGAAGUAAGAUUGUCUGACAAGGGGACAAGAGAGACUUGGAGACGUCAUGGAGAGAAUACCGACGUCUUUUAUAUCUGUUCUUUAGGAAAAACGCUGAAUUACUAGUAGCUUUUUUGCUGCUUUUAGUCUGCAUAUCAUAAUUGUAUGAACUCAUCCGCGUUUAUGGUAAAAGACUAAAGCGCCCCCACCGGUAAAAGGUGGUACUGCACGCUGAUGGGUACGUAUUAUAAGUAGGCCAGUGAUUCUACACCGAAAUUCCGAAUUUGUUUCAUCGCCUAAGAAAACGGACAUACUUAGCGCCACAGUA